AUGGAUGCUCGGUCGGAUUCCGAUGAAAACGCUCAUAUUAUAAUAAUGGAUUCAACAACAGCUGAACGACCUGCACAUGAAGGCUCUCAAAGUUUCCAUGAGAUACCAGAGGUGUCGCUGUGUCCUCCUGACAGUCCGGAUAUGGAGGACCUCCACAGGACUUCCUCCCCUUCACAGAUCUACCACCAGGUGCCUCUGGACUGCCCUCAUCACUCUCCACACCUGAAGCAAUGUCACUGCUGCAGGAACCGUCAGGCAAUCGGAGACAGCCCCUGUCCCACCACCUUCCCUACUACUGCCAGCCCCCACCCAGACUGCUUGUCCAGCUCUGUCAAAACCACCCACAACCGCAGCUCCUCCCACAUGCUGUCAUGCCAUGACACUGUACAAUGCCAUUGGCUGCAGGGAUCACAUGAUGAUGGAGUUAACCAACCAGUGCAACAUCAUAUUGUAACAGUGAGUUACUCACAGCUGAUACUGGAGUUCCCGAUGGCUGUGCUGGUGGCGUGUGCCGUGGUCCUCCUUGGCUGCUCCUUAGCUGGGAUUCUUAUUGGUCCCCUGCCAGAUUUCUCAGACCCCUUGUUGGGAUUUGAGCCUCGUGGGACCAGCAUUGGGAGCCGAUUGUCUGCCUGGGCCAAAUUACAAGGGAACAUGGGUCCUGGAAAAGCAAUGUCUCCAUCACCACCACAACUUGCAGACAGGGCUGGAAGGGGAGGGGUCCAGGGAAUGAGAGGGAGCAGGAGCAAGCAAGCUCCCAGGAUCCGACCCAGGAGAAUGGUGGACUGGGACCUGGUUCAGGACACCUUCUUCUGUGAUUCUCCAGGAGAGCACUAUGCCCAGCUGGUGUUCCGCUCAGGAAAUUCUGCCAGUCUGUGGAGCCUGAAGGCCAUCCAUUCCAUGUGCGAGAUGGAGCAGGCAAGGAUACGCUCCCAUGCACAAUUCCAAGACCUCUGUAAGCAAGGCCAGCUGGAGAUGGGAGGAGCUCCAGCAAGGCGAGAGUGCUGUCCUAGUUGGUCUCUUGGGAACUAUCUGGCUGUGCUGAGCAAUGCAACCUCCUGCCUGGGGCUAACAUCCCAGCAGGUCUCUGACAGCCUAAGUUUGCUCCGGCAGUGUGCCCCUUACUAUCAUGAUGGAAGCCUGGCCCCGUCCUGUUCUGAGAGGGGAAAGCUGGGCCAUUGUACUCCUGUACCACCUCAGUGUAAGCAGUCCAGCGCUGUCUACCAGAUCCUCCAUUACCUGGUUGACAAGGACUUCCUGGGGCCGCAGACAAUAGUCUACAAGGUCCCCUCACUCAAAUACAGCCUCCUUUUUCUACCUGUAGAAAAGGGCAAUCCCAUGAUGAAAAUAUACUUAGACAAUUUAGAGGGUCGUGACCUCACAUACAAGAACACCACUAUCACAGGAAUGGACUUAGGCAUCAAACGGACGCUUCUCAAGUACUACCUGGCUCGGGACUCAGUCUACCCUGUACUAGCAGUAGUGACACUGUGCCUAACUGUGGCUAUUUACCUUCGGUCAAUUUUUCUGUCAGUAAUGUCUUUAGCAGCAAUUAUAGGCUCACUCCUGACCUCCUAUUUCUUAUACAAAGUGGCUUUUAAGCUCACAUUCUUCCCUUUAUUAAACCUUGCUGCAAUCUUGGUCCUGUUGGGGAGUUGUUCCAAUCAGGCUUUUGCAUUUAUAGACCUAUGGGGCCUCCAGCUCUCUCAGAAACCCCCUGCCACUCUGGAGAAGAGAGUCAACAGGGUACUUCAGGAAGUUGGGUACUUGAUAUUAGCAUCAGGUCUGACAUCUAGUGCCACCUUCUACUCAGGAUACAUGAGCAGCAUCACAUCCGUUAGGUGCUUUGCGGUGUACCUUGGUACUGCCUCCUUAAUCAGCACACUCCUGGCUCUGGUAUGGUUGCCCUGCUGCCUGAUUUUGCGUGAGCGGUAUGCUGUGGCAGUUGCUUCCACUGCUCCUGCAGGGAAGCCCUGCUGUGCCCUGAGUCCAGCUGGAUUCUGGGAAACUAGCUCACGAAAACGAUGCCUCUUCAUGAUGGUUCGAAAGCUUAGGGGGUUGAAGCGUGGAAUUGCCGACACUUCAGAUUUGCUCUUCAUAAAACUUCUGCCAUGUGGAGUGGUAAAAUUUCGCUACAUUUGGAUAUGUUGGUUUGCAGUGCUGGCAGCAGGAGGAACCUACAUCACUUGUGUGGAUCCAGGCAUGAAACUUCCAGCCUUAUAUAGCAAGGCCACUCAGUUGUUCCGCUCCAGUCACCCCUUUGAAAGGUAUGAUGCAGAAUACCGGCACCAGUUCAUGUUUGAGCGGCAAAAGAGUGGGGAAGACAAGCCCAUGACAAUUACUCUUGUGUGGGGUGUUCUUCCAACUGAUAAUGGAGAUCACUUGAACCCCAAAAGCAAUGGCUCCUUAGCGCUAGACCCACACUUCAACAUGAGCAGGCCAGAGGCACAAGUGUGGUUGAGAGAGCUGUGUGGGAAAAUUCAAAACCAGAGCUUCUAUUCACUGCUGUCUUCAUCACCAAAAGAGGAGGUGCAGGGUGACAACAUUUGUUUUGUGGAGCAGCUUAUACAUUGGGUGUCUAUCAGACGUUGCUCUGAGAGUGAUGAUAUUUUUUCUUUCUGCUGCAAUGAUAUUCCUUUCCCUUACCCAUCAGCAGUUUUUGAGCAUUGCCUGGGCAUGAUGGCAGCAGAGAGACAUGCAAGAGGGAACAAUCCCAACACUGCAGGGCCAUAUUUUGACUCAGAAGGUCAAAUUGCUGUGCUAGUUAUAGAGUUUAAGACCACCCAUCUUUAUAGUUUCAAUUUCAGCCAAACCACAGACUUCUACAAUGAGAUCGAGAUGUGGUUUAACAAAGAAAUAUCUGGGGCUCCUCUGGGACUUCAUAGAGGAUGGUUUGUGAGCCAGUUGGCGCUUUAUGACCUCCAAAAAUGCCUAAGCUCGGAGACCUUAGUAGUCACAGGCUUUUCUGUGGUUCUCACUUUUGUUGUGCUUCUGUUGACCACAUGGAAUAUUCCGCUGAGUAUCUAUGGCACUGCUGCAGUGGGAGGAAGUGUUUUUGUCACAGUUGGUCUCCUGGUCCUGCUGGAAUGGCAGCUAGGUGGCCUAGAGGCUCUAUUCAUAUCGGCUGCUGCAGGACUGUCUGUUGAUUUCACUGCUAACUACUGCAUUUCCUACAGCCUAGCUCCUCACUCUGACCGGCUGGGACGUGUUGCACAUUCCCUGAAGAGAAUGGGCUGUCCUGUGGCCACAGGAGCAGGAGCCUAUUUCUUUGUUGGUGUCAUCAUGCUGCCCACAACUGCCCUGCUGUUCAGGAAACUGGGUAUCUUUCUGCUGCUGGUGAAGUGCGUGGCCUGCUGUUUUGCUACCUUCUUCUUCCAGUCCCUCUGCUGCUUCUUUGGGCCACAUAAAAACUGUGGACAGAUCCUCUGGCCAUGUACAUCAGCCAGUAGCCAAUACACAGUGAAAGGGACAGAAAACAUGUUGUCCUCAAGACCAGGAUCCUCAGACUCGGCUAAUGGGGCUUUUGGCUGCGGAGGGAGGUCCCAUCUCCGAAGGAGUUAUGGGAAAGGAGUCAGUGGAGGCAGUCACCUGUGCCCUGGCCAACAGAAGCACAGGCAGAGACAAGGAAUGGGAGGAAGGGAGCCUGAGCAGUAUGAGCUUCAGCCAUUAGCCUGCCAGCUGAAUGACAGCUUCGAGAACAGCACAUGCACAAGCAAACUGUCUAACAGGCCUUCAGUGCUGUCUGAUGAAAUCCAGUUCCACAGCCUGAGCCCUAGAAAAGAUUUGGAGGGGCACGGUAUGGAAGAUCCCCUCAAGGACUCAUCCUGCAGACACCUCAACAGCUGCAAUCCGCCCGCCCUGCAGACCUCAUCACCAUACAAGGAGAAUACUCUAUGGCCAGCAAUGGCUUCUACAGCGGACCUGACCCGGGGGCAGCUCUUAUGCAGGAGGUGCCAGAGCCAGUCAGGUGGCAUCAGACAUUGGAACGUCUCACUGUCAUCAUCUUCCAGCAUGGAGGACAUCAUUAUCAGCAGUCAGCCUAUAGAUAUCAGCCACCGGCAUUCACUGUCCACAGAAGGAGCCACUGGCAGUCCCUUCAAGUGUCAACCCCACCAAAAUCUCCUUUCCUCUCAGUCCCAGAGCUCUUUUGAUGGGCUGGAGGACUCCAAUGAGACUUGCUUGAGUGAUAUUGAGCCUGGACCCUCAAUCCCACAGGUUUCCAAUGAAGUUGAAGGAGAACCUGAACCAGGCCACUUGAAUGGCAAGAGGGAUACCUUACGUCUGUCCUUGAAGGAAACCGUAUUUGAGGGAGCUUGCUCAGGGACUGGAAAGGGGCGUAGCAGUCAGGGAGAUUUACCUGUGAUUCUUCCCAAUAGUAAGCCAGGCAUGCCCGAUGUAUGGAUCAAGAGGGAGCAGAGUGGAGAUGGAAGCUGAUAAUGAGUGACAAUAACAUGUUCUUGAGAAUGAAAAGGAAUUCUGCAUUUGCAAGGUGUUACAGUUCCCUGCUAUCAGUAGGGCCAACAUGCACUUUUAAUUCAUUAAUUAUUUCCCUUGAGAUGCAUCCUGCCUGUUGUUCACAAACAACAUCUCUAUCACCACCACAUUUGAGUGAAUGGAUAUUCAUCAAACUAUGUCUGGUGUCCCUCGUAUAAAACUGUUCACUGUGUAAUUAGCCACAGUGUGAUUAAUAAUUCUGUCAAUUUCCAUCCUUACCCCUGUUAAUAACCUUUAAUGUUCAUCCUGAGAAUGGACACACCCUUGUUGAAUUUAAUUGUGCCUGUGAAACAGGACCCAGAAGGAACACUUAAAAAUACUUAUACAAAUACUUUAUUUGAACAAAAUCUGCUAUAUAACCACAACUUGCAAAAACAAUCAACAUCACAACACUUAUAUAUUCAUGAGAACAGAC